ACCCAUUGUCCCUGCCAGGUCGGAUGUGAUGCGCAUCACAAUGAAGGAGCCAACUUCCAUCACUCAAUCCAGUUUCAAGACCAACUUCCAACCAUUUCAAACCAUCAAAUACCUCCCAUAACCACCCAGGGUCCAGGGCCAGGACUCAGCGGAUUCGAUGACAUCUUAUCGGUGAUAGAACUCUUCAAAGACCUCUCAUAUGUUUCGAAACUGGUUUGGCGUGACGGCUCUGCAUCAGAAGGCUCCGCAAUAGGAUACACAAUGUCUUUGAUAUCGGCAUCCGGUUCAUCGACCCCAUUUUCACUCCACAUGUCAAACGUGCGCGUAACCAGUAUUCCCUCAUGGUCACCAAACUCUUGUGUCUUCUUGUCUCGAUUGCGUCCGCGCCCAGGCAUAGCAUGUCGGAUCCGUGUCAUAACGCCCAUUGGAACUUCUUCUUCCUCUUCAUUUUCCUUCACUCUCUUUUUCCCUUUCUUCAAUUUCGCCUUUCCUUUUCCCUUGUCGGCUCUCUUUGUCUUCGGGUCGAUGUUUUCCUCAUCUUCCUCUUUCCCCGCAUAUUCGUCCUCUUCUGUAGCUGUGCCAGCAAUAGCAGGAUUGGCUUCAUGUUCCCUGUCUCGGAUCUGUAAUAAACUCGGCAUUCGCUGCGGCACCACCCGCCGACCCCGUCGACCGUGUCCUCGGUCCGUUCCUAGAUCAUGCUGGCGCAUAACCUCCUGCCACUCAAUAUCUUCCUCGGAGUACUGGUCCACGCGCCAGCCCCACGAGCGGAUGUCGCCGACGACACUAUCGUCAACUUGACCUGCGUGUGGUAUCGUGUAGCUAUGUCGGUAGAAAUUGUGUGUGGGAUGGUCGUCUGUGUCGCUUGGGAUUGGGUAGGAUGGUAGGUGUAGGAGGUAGGGCAUAUGGGAUCGAUCGGGAAGGGAGAAUACGGCUUGGCAAGGCCGUAUUGCUUUGUAGAACGUGGGGAAAUUGCUCACUGACGUUGAAACUGAGGACUCCGAUUUUGACAAGUUGGACUGCCCUCGUCUGUCAGAACCCAGCGUUGUGUUAGAAGGUGGGGCACAGAAGGACUGCGGCGUCGAGAAGCUGGCCUGUUCCCGUCUUUUGUGUCGCGGGGUGGUGAUUGUGAAAGAUGGUUAGCAAACGCUCUCGAGCUUGGUUGAGUAGUGUGGUGUCAAUAAUGCGACUUGUCGGGCUGUGGCGUGCGGGCGUGAGUGAGCGGGCGAGUGUUGUACAAGUCUUAGUGCGCCUGCCGCAUUUAACGGUCUCUAAGUUGUUCAAUUAUGUUUGUCUGUCUACUACCUAGAUACAUCAAUUAAUUGUACGUUGACGUCACAUGCAACUUUCCAAAUUCCACACUCAUACGUGUAUGUACAGACACAUGACAGCAAAACCGACGCUGAAUAAUAUGCGCAAUCUAUCAGAGAGACGAUGUCUUGUCACAUUUCAUAAGACAUUAUCUUUCGUCAGUGAAUUCAGUUGUAGAGAUUGCUAUUAGUUUGAUAUCACACAGAUAACUGCUUGCCAGCACAAACACAUCCCCCGAGGAGCUUCCUAUGCACGUGUGCAACGCAACAACAUCAAACAAAUGCAGAUAAUCAUUCUUACAAUUUCCUUGCGCAUCGCCAAUCCUAAUACUUCUAACCAAUUCGUGACGACAUUAGAUGCAGCCAUUCACCAUACGAACUCUGAC